CUCUCCUCUCAGUCUCCCGGUGCCUCCGUGUCCUCCGUGCGGCGCAUGCAGCGCGGCCAUGGUGGACUCUCCCAGCGCGGUGAUGAUGAAGAAGACCUCGGUGCCGGAGAUCAAACCGCUGGACCGAUACGACUUCAACCGUGCGAAGAUCCGCGCCAGCGUCCGGUGGCUGCUGUCGAAGUCGUACGGCUCUGCAGACGCCCAUAACCGUGGCACCGAGCAGGAGGGCUGUGAGGCCGGUGAUCGACGUGCAUGUGAGGCUCGUGAGGCGGAGAGCGGUGCAUGCUGGUAUAGUGGAGGCUGAGGGUCGCUGCGGUGCAACAAAAGAAGCUGAACGCAGCGCGCGGAGGGCCGGAUGUAAACGAUCCAGGAUCUGUGUCAGUGUUACGCGCGCACGCUGGUGCUGCAGCGCGUGCGUGUGAGCAGAGUGAAGGUGACACGUAAGUCUGUUCAGACAAUAGAGAGUUAGUGAGCUCCUCUUCUAGGAAAGGUAUGUUUCACCAGUCAGUGUUCUGAUGACAAGAUCAAUACUGCAAAUAAAUACUGCAACUAAAUACUGCAAAUAAAUACUGCAAAUAAAUACAUCAACUAAAUACAUCAAAUAAAUACUGCAAAUAAAUACAUCAACUAAAUACAUCAACUAAAUACAUCAACUAAAUACAUCAAAUAAAUACUGCAAAUAAAUACUGCAACUAAAUACAUCAACUAAAUACUGCAAAUAAAUACUGCAACUAAAUACUGCAAAUACAUCAACUAAAUACUGCAACUAAAUACAGCAACUAAAUACAGCAACUAAAUACUGCAACUAAAUACUGCAACUAAAUACUGCAACUAAAUACAUCAAAUGAAUACUGCAAAUAAAUACAUCAACUAAAUACUGCAACUAAAUACUGCAACUAAAUACAUCAAAUAAAUACUGCAAAUAAAUACUGCAAAUGAAUACUGCAACUAAAUACUGCAAAUGAAUACUGCAAAUGAAUACUGCAACUAAAUACUGCAACUAAAUACAUCAACUAAA